GAUUUCAAAAAUGCGUAUCACACCUGGCAGUGUUAUGCUGUACAUAUAUAUACAAGAGUAAGCUGAAUACGGUUGGCACUUGACGUUUGUGUUUAUUAGCUCAGCACCACAACGUUCUCUAUCCUGUCUGGAAUAUUCGGUCAUCGGUCAUGAAGGGCGUGGCUAGUUUCAUUUGUGCGGCGUCUUGCCUAUGUUCCAUUCAAGUUGCUCACAGUGUACAGGACCAAAAAACUGCUGACAGUGAAAAUACUAAAAGUAUUUUUCUGAACGAUCAAACUAGCUUAACAGAUCUCGAGAAAAUCAUUAUGGGUCUGAAAUAUCCUUUUAUAGGACCAGUGUCCAAAGAUGUCAGCCCUGCUCUAGGUUAUGAUGCCAAAUUCACAGAUAACAUUUUACCUAGCAAUUCAAAAACGGCAUCAACCGAAGUUCCCGAUAGGAUCGCCGUUUUUUCUUCAAUGAAACGGCUGAACUCGAUGGAUUCGCCAAAAAGCAACGUUGACGACAACGGCAUAGAUCUUCCAGAGUUAAUGAACGCGCUAACCUCCAUGUUACAAACUCUAUCCGGUUCCCAGAGAACACCAUUUAGCAGUGCAUCUAAAAGCGGUUCAGAGCCUGUGGAGUCAGAAGCAAAGUAAUUUUAUUAGUGGACAAUGACCAAAGAAUUGAGUACAAAAUGAAACAAUUGCAUUAUUAUCAGUGAUAACAUUAUAAGUAAACUGUAUUAUACCUAAUGUAAUAUUGUAAUUUAUAAUUGUUCAAUGUAUACAAUUAAUAGA